UUAUAUACACAAGGUAUCCAAUUGAAACCACAAGCAUUUCACAGGAUGAAAUUGGCUAGCUUUACUGCCAUUUCCCAUUUCCUCCUCCUCUGCUGCAUCAUGCUCUUUUACCCAUACUUCAAUAACCCAUUUGUCUCCGGAGGAAGGCCUCCAUCAACAUGCCCGGGUCUUUACUCUCCCUCCUAAUCUCUUACACAAUUACUUAUUUCAGUUAAUUAAUAGGUACUAACAGCCUGCAAUUUCAGGUUCUGCACAAGGAUACAUGGGCAUAUCGGUAGCUCAUCGAUAUGGACCCUGCUCACCACUUGGUCAAGAGAAAUCAGAUGUUAUUUCUGCCCAAAUUCUUCUUCAUGACGAAAAAAGGGUCAAAUCCAUCAAUUCUUUAGGGCCCUCUAAAUAUGUGACUGAUGCUCAAGGCAAAGAGACUCAUCAACUCCCUAUUCCGUCCAAACACCCGGGUGGUGGGAACUACGUUGUCAAUGUUGGUCUCGGCACUCCUAUACGCAAUUUCUACUUGACUCUUGACACUGGCAGCGAUAUAACCUGGAUAAGAUGUAAACCAUGCUCCAGUUGCCUUGGAGGACCGAAAACUACUAUUUUUGACCCUAAAUCUUCCUCAACUUUUCGCAAAAAUUCCUCUGAUUACGGUAAGCCUAUCGAGUACUUUGACGGUACCUACGCUGAAGGAUAUUGGGCAUCCGAUUCCCUCACAAUAUCCUCCUCUGACUCGAUCGAAAAUUUUAAUUUUGUCUGUGUUAACGAUACCAACACUUUAGACGUUGGGUUGCUAGCAUUUGGACAUGGUGAUGGUAAUUCUCUUGUAACCCGGAAUUCGAAUGUGUUUUGUCACUGUCUUCCUUCCGAAGAUGCAACAGGGUAUCUUCUGUUCGGUCCUGGAGCGCGUGAAAAAUGCCAAGUUUCGAAUUUCACACCACUCGUAAGCAUCCCACCAGAUGGCACAUAUUUGGUAAACUUUGUUGGAAUUAGCGUUGGCAACCAAACAUUGAAGAUUACAUCACCUUCAACACGCACCAUGAUAGACUCCGGAACUGUGAUCACUCGCCUUCCGGAUACAGUCUAUGAACAGUUCUCCUCUGCUUUCAGUAAACAAAUGGACGAAUACGGUCUUACUCGAGCCAAUGGCGAUGAAACCUUGCACACAUGUUAUGAACGCAAGGGGUACAAAUGCGAUACUGUGAAAAUCCCUGCUGUGGUGUUGCAUUUUGAGAAUUUAGAUGUCAAGUUGGACGGAUCACAAGUUCUUUGGAAAAAUUCUUCGGUUUGUUGCUUGGCUUUUGCAGGAAACAAAGCUGAUGGCGAUAUGGUCAUCAUUGGUAACCACCAGCUGCAGAAGCUGAAUGUUCUGUAUGAUAUCCAGAAAAGGAUGGUGGGAAUUGGGCCGGGCAACUGCGGCCCAUGAUGCCCAGAAAAUCAUAUCAGGACCUGAUUAGAAUAGAAGUUGUUUUUGCAAGACUUGGGUCAAUUUCUGCUGCUUUUUUUUUUUUUUCAACCUACUUUCCUCUGUUUUUCCUGUUGAAUAAAGAUUGGAACAAUGA